AUGUCAGUCACUCUCACUAAGGCCUCGAACCCUCUGUGGCAAUCCCGGGGCUCCACCACGGUGUCUUCAGGAGGCCGUUUCCGCUGCCCAUCUUGCAGGCAUGAGGUUGUCCUGGACAGACAUGGUGUCUAUGGCCUGCAGCGAAACCUGCUAGUGGAGAACAUCAUCGACAUUUACAAGCAGGAGUCUUCCCGGCCACUGCACUCCAAGGCUGAGCAGCACCUCAUGUGCGAGGAGCAUGAAGAGGAGAAGAUCAAUAUCUACUGUCUGAGCUGUGAAGCGCCCACCUGCUCGCUCUGUAAGGUCUUCGGUGCCCACAAGGACUGUGAGGUGGCCCCACUGCCCACCAUUUACAAACGCCAGAAGAGCGAGCUCAGUGAUGGCAUCGCAAUGCUGGUGGCAGGCAACGACCGUGUGCAAGCAGUGAUCACGCAGAUGGAGGAAGUGUGCCAGACCAUCGAGGACAACAGCCGGAGGCAGAAGCAGCUGCUUAACCAGAGGUUCGAGGCGCUGUGCUCGGUGCUGGAGGAGCGCAAGGCUGAGCUGCUGCAGGCGCUGGCCCGCGAGCAGGAGGAGAAGCUGCAGCGCGUCCGGGGCCUCAUCCGCCAGUAUGGAGACCACCUGGAAGCCUCGUCCAAGCUCGUGGAGUCGGCCAUCCAGUCCAUGGAGGAGCCACAGAUGGCGCUGUACCUCCAGCAGGCCAAGGAGCUGAUCAAUAAGGUCGGGGCAAUGUCAAAAGUGGAGCUGGCCGGCCGGCCAGAGCCGGGCUAUGAAAGCAUGGAGCAGUUCACCGUGAGCGUGGAGCACGUGGCCGAAAUGCUGAGGACCAUCGACUUCCAGCCGGGCGCUUCCGGGGAGGAAGAGGAUGAGGAGGUGGCAUUGGACGGGGAAGAGGGCAGCGCGGGGCCAGAGGAAGAGCGGCCGGAUAGGCCGGAAGGCACAGGGGGGCACUGACCCGCCCCCUGUUGGGGAGCCCGCGCACCUGGGCCUGGCGCUGGGGUCGCGGAGGACCUGCGCAGAGACCGCCGCGCCACCCUGCUCGGCGCCUCGCCGCGGGGUGGGGCUCAAUAAAGGGCUAAUGCGUCCAGACCCGCAGCUCCUUUCACUGCUCACUGUCAGCCUCGGCUUCGGAGGCGACCCCAUCACCAUCCUGCCCUUCUCCGGAUCCGGGACCAUUUGAGGGGCGGAAGUAGAAUGACUCCUG